GUUUUCAGUGCUCUAGUUUCCCUGCCCCCUUAUCUUCUUGUGUUUGCUUUAAAGUAGUUGUUGACCUUUGGGUCUCGUCAAUGGUUUUUUAAUGGAGCACUGUACUCAUUGGUAAUAUCCUUUAUUUUGUGUGCCAAUCUGUUAAUUUCGCUAAAAGGUGACCUUGGGAUAGUUUUGGUUCAGGGUUUAAAGAGAAUCUCAGGGUGAUAGUCUCAGGGAGUUCUCUAGUCUCAACUGGUCCAGUAAGCCUGGACUUUUUAAGAAUUUGAGAUCUGUUCCGCGUUUUCCUCCCGUUGUAUCAGGGUUUAUCUAUAGAACGGUGAGUAGUGGUAGCAGGGCACCAUCUAGUUCUUCUGCCCUCAGGGUAGAUAUGGCCGAGGCCCCUGUAGGCUGUUAGCCCUGUAGACUAGUUUCUUCUCUGAGACUUUGGUUUCCUUCUUUUUCUUUUGCUCCAGACAAGUAGAGACCAAUAGUUGUAUUUUAGAUUGCUGCUUGCAAGUUUUUAAGACCCUAGAUGCUACUCACCUCUCUAGAAUGCAGAACAUGAACUUUGUGAAAAUGGUUUCAAUUGUGAAUAUGGUGUUAAGGUCAGCAAAAAUGCUUCCGACUGCCUUUUUAUCAGAAAACUUAGAAUGAAUCUCAAGGUACUUUUAAAUUUUCCAGAACAAAGUCAGAAUUGUUAUUGCUGGUUAGGAAUGAAACCGCAGUUAUGAUGGGAAAAAAACAAUCCAUUUUAGGACUCAAGAAUAAAAGGAAUGGCCAGUAAUGACUGCUGCUUCAUUGAUCCUAAACUUUAUCUUGAGUAGAAGUAAUUUUCCUAAGGUGACACAGGUAGAAAAUGACAGAGCUAGGAUUACAGUUUAGAUUUUUUGAUCAUCUGUGUAUUCAGCCUUGCCCCCACCCAGUUUCCUAAUUCUUAACUCUUAAUGAUUGUUUUGCAGUCUGGGAGAAGGGUUCGUAGGCUUGGGAAUGUGGAACUUGAAUUAACAGAUUGUUUAGUUCAAUUUUAAAAUUUUUCCCAUUAAAAAACUAAAACCUGAAAGGGGAAGUAACUUGCUUAAGUUUCUUAGGGCCAGCUGUAUCCCGUCUCCCCUGACCUUAUACUUACGGACUCAAGGAUGCUUUGGGGGAAAGUGAGGAAUUGGCCUAUUUUCAGAGGGAGAGCAAAUCCACUUGCACUUUCUUGCUCCAUAAAUCCUUAGCUGCUACUCCUAGGGGCUUAGCGUCCUUGAGUGGCUGAGAUACAUGGUAAUUCAUUUAAAGAUAUGGGAGAAACCCAACCGUCUCCAUUGCAUUUGGCCUGAUUCUUUUUAACCUCAGUGCUGGGGCCCUCUAUCCAGAUGUCCCAUAACAAAUGGCUUAUGCUUACCAUAUGGAGAGCCUACAUACAGUUAGAUACAAUUUGAUGGUAAAAUGAGAUUUUAAUAAGGUUACAGCUGGCUAAUAGCAUGGCUAAAAUUACAUGUAUGGCUAUCCUGUAUGUGAGAAUAGCCUAUCUGAUUACUCUUACGCCAUCCAUUUUUUUGGGGAAAAAAUUGAUUGUGAUUUCAGACCUCUGAAAGUCAAUUUUGAAAUGUGCACUUAGUGUGGUGGGUCUGGUCACUUCCAACCAGCUUUUUAUUUUACAAACAGCAUAAUGGCCAAAGAAAUAAGAAAAAAUAAAAAUCAACUUAAAAAUUUUCUCUCAUUUCUUUUUUUAUCAUAUAUACAUGAUUUUAUAAUAUUUAAUUAUUUUAAUUUAAUCAAAACAAAUAUAAUUUUAAAACAUGCUUUUAUAUUUAAUGUGUUUUCUUUUUGCUAUAGUUUUCAUACCUUUAAAUUAUUAUACAGUAUUACACUAAGUUGAGUUACUUAUUUAUAACUGAACAUCCAGGUUGCUUCCCAUUUUUCAAGUAAUGCAGUUAGUAUAUAGCUGUUCUUCGUUUUGCAUCUUUCCUUUAGGAUAAAGUCCCAAGAGAGGGAUUUAUAAGGUUCAGAGUGUAUGAAGAUUUUUGUCACUUUUGAAAAAAAUUGCCAGAUUUAUUUCUGAAAGACUGUAUUGAUUUACAUUGCCUCCAGCAGAGUUUGGAUGACCAGCUUUAUUCUUUUACAGGCUUUUAUUUUUAAGUUUGUUUUUCAAAGUGGACAUACGGAUACCUAUUUCUAAAUCACUAUGCACCAUAGAAAAGCAAAUGUAGUGUUUUUCUACUUUUAUUUUCUCUUUUGUAUGAAUUAUUUGUCUUUUGCCCAUAAAUUUACUAGACUCUCAGCGAUUUUCGUUAGCACUUAACACCAUUAAUAUAGUAAUCCUUUGAAAUGUUUCUGAUCUACUUUAUUUUUGUUAGUGUUGUAGGCUUUGUAGUUUUAAAUAUUAUUAAAAUCACUAAUUUUUUAAAAGAAUUCGUGAUUUUGUCUUUUGAUAGUAAGGCCUGAAUAUGAAUGUCUCUCUGAUACGUGAUGCAUACUUUUUUUAAGCUUCUAGAGUUUAUUUUGUUGUAUUAUCUAUGUCUUUAGAAAAUUAUAUAAUAUUGAAACUGUGUUUAAUUUACGUGGAUUCUUUAUUUCUGUAGAAAACCAUUGGUAAACUGUUGCCUUUUUUCUUCCUGAACUUCAAUAGGGGAGAAAAAGUAAUCUAGUAAUUUUUUUAUAAGUAGAUACUUUUUAAAAAAUAAAUUAUGUUAAAACUUAGACAAACCAGAUUUUCAUCAGACCAGAAUUUUGGUUAAUUGAAAUUUUUGUUAGCUCAGGAUUACCGAGUAGAUUUUCUCUAAUUUAAUUCUUCUUGUUAAUCAUUCUAAGAUAUAUGAUAGUAAAACCUUGGUUAUCUACUCCCGUUGGGGAAUGAGGCAUGUAGGUAGAUGAGCUAGCCCAGGAUAAUAGUUAACAUUGAUUGAGUGCUGCCUACUGUGGUGGUACUUUGCAUGUAAUUUCUUUCUUAUUUAAUCCUCACAACAACCAUAUGACGUAGGCUCUUAAGUUUCCUCGUUUUAGAUGAGAAAAUUUAGGGGGGUAAAGUGACCUGCAAAAGAUCAUAGCUGGUAAGGGUUGGAAGUGGAACUUAGGCAGUCAGCCUGCUUUUAGCUGCCCUCUGUUCUGCCUCCUAGUCUAGCUGAGGGCUCAUUUGGUGUAUUUAAAAGGAGCUUUUUAAAAAGGGUAUUAUAUUACCUUAUUUGCUGUGCAAGGAGUUUGGACUUUUAUCUCUUAGGCUUUGGAAAGAUACUAGAUGUUUCAAAGCAAGGGAAGGCUAUGGUAUCUUAUAUCUUUUAGGGAGAUGGCUGUGGUGGCAAUGUGGAAAACAUAUUGGAUUAUGUUUCUGAUAGGAAGUGUUUGAAAUAGUUAUAUGAGAAACGAAGGCUUGGACGGUAAGGUGGCGUGGAGAUAGGGGAUAUCAUGGAAAGUUCCAGGACAGUAUCUUACACAAGAGUGGGAAGGUGGAGUGUGGCUGUGGAGAACACAGCACAUCAUCAGUAGAUGGUGGUGACAGAUGAAUAUGUGUUCACAGCGCUGUGUUGUACAGUACUUUCAUAGCAGUGACUCUCAUGGAGUAAUCCAGUGACAUAUCCACCUCCCCUGCUGGACUGAGGCUUGUCAAGGACAGGGACCAAGUAGAAAGCAUGGAUGAGUUGAUGCAGGAAGAGGGCAAGCAGCUGAACAAUACCAAAAUCAAAGAGUGGGUAGAGGAGGAGGAGGAGCUCUAGAAGGUGACAGCUGUCAGGGAGGAGGAGGAGAACCAUCAGUGAGGAAGCCAGACGUCGGGGAGGGGUGUUAAGGAGAGGGAAAUAUUAGCACAGAAGUAGAUGUGUAGAAUGCCAUCUCUGGCUACAAACAUUUGUGGCUGGUGUGUGCUAAUGUGAUGUGCCAAUGGUCAGUGGUUGUAUAGUGCUAAGUUGUCUUUUUUUGCUGCUGACUCCCCCUGCCCCCAAUACCUUUCUCAGAGUAGCCUGUGACUUCCUGUCUCUUGGCUUCUAACCUCUGCUUGCCACAGGUGCUGAUGCUGGGGGCAUGACUCAGCUUAUUGAGAUCAUCCAGUCAGAACACUGCUUUCUUUUUGAGUGAAUUGAUAUGUAUAGUAUAUUUGGUGUAGUCUCUGUGUUUUCAGCUUAUGCUGAGUUAAUUGCUUUUGAAUGCCCCAGAGUUAUACUUCCCUGUCUUUAAAGGCCUCUGAUUGUUAUUUUGAGAUUUGGAGCCAUUGGGAAGCCAGCUGAUUCUUAAAGGCUGAGUCUGCGAAAUCUGAAGUUUUUCACUUGUUUACUUUUCCAUGUUGAUCAGUAGAGUUAGGCUGGAUAUAGUCGGUCAUAUUUGAGGAUUGUUGAUCUUAAAAAUGCCCAAGAGCCAUCGUUGUAAAUAAUUAAGAACUUCUGUUUUCUUUAUACAUUUCUGUAGUUAUGCAUAGUAUGGAAGUUUGUUUUAAAUUUCCUUAAUCCGUUUAUAACUUACUUCAUAUGUCCAUUUUUCAGAGCGUCAGUUGGAAAGGAAUUUAUGGUUGAUUUCUUCUACCAUUUGCUUUAGAGUGUCCUUACCUUCCACUUUCUGCCUUCUCUUGCCCAGUUUCUUUACUUGAUUCUGUCAAUCUUUAAGGACAAAUGCACUUUAUAGCUCAUGGAAGAAAAAACACAACUCAAGACAUUAUUGGGUUCAAAGUUGCCGAAGUAUGGAACAAAAUCUGUAAGAAGUACACUGCAGCCGAUGUCAAAUGGGACACCUGCUAACUUAUUAGGAGUUUCCAAGAGUAACAAUGUCAAAAGUUACAUAAAAAAUAAUGGCUCAGAUAGUCUGUUGUCCCAUUCAUUUAACUGGAGAAAGGCAAAUAAAUACCAACUCAGUGAACAAAGUGCUGGAGAACCUAACAAUACUCAAAAUUCACAUGAUAAAGUAAUUGAUCCUGAAAAACAUGCUCCUAUUCAAGGAAUGUUUGAUAAAAGUAGGAUAAAAGGAGAUUUGAAAAGAGUUUCUGUACUUACAUCAAAGAUAACAAAACCAUCCACUAUGUUUGUGUCAUCUACAGAGGAGUUAAACCAGAAAUCUUUGUCUGGACCAUCUAAUUUGGGUAAAUUCACCAAAGGUACAUUAUUAGGAAGGACUUCAUAUUCUUCAGUCAGUGCUCCAAAAUCACAGUUGAAUGGAUUUUAUGGAAAUCGAUCAGCUGGUAACAGGCAAAGGCCUAGAGCAAAUUCCUGUGCCACCAGAAGUAGUUCUGGAGAAAGCUUAGCACAAUCCCCAGACAAUAUUAAAUCUAUUACUUGUGAAAAAAUGGUAAGGUCACAAAGUUUUUCACAUUCCAUUCAGAAUUCAUUCCUUCCACCUUCUUCUAUAACCAGAUCACAUUCCUUCAACAGAGCUGUAGAUCUUACUAAGCCUUAUCAGAACCAACAGCUACACAUUAGAGUGCCUCUAAGGUCAAGUAUGCUAACAAGAAAUUCCCGGCAGUCAGAAGUACUUAAUGGGAAUGAACGUUUAGGGUAUGGAUUUAAUAGGCCUUAUCCUGCUGGUGGAAAGAAGUUGGCUUUACCAAAUGGACCUGGUAUGAUUUCCACUUUGGGUUAUAGGAUGAUUCAUCCCUCUUUACUGAAAUCCAGUAGACCUCCAUUUGCUGGGAGUAUCACAGUUGAUGGUAAUAAAAAUGCAUCUGCCGACAAGUGUGUAAAGGAACAUGCUACAGUUUUGGCUAAUGACAAAGCUACUAAUAAGGACCAAGAACUAAUUGAAAACGAUGGUUAUAGAACAGAAAAUGAGCAGACCAUAAAGAAUGAUGCUAAAAUUAGAUACCUGAGUGAUGAUGUGGAUGAUAUUUCCUUGUCUUCUUUGUCAUCUUCUGAUAAGAAUGAUUUAAGUGAAGACUUUAGUGAUGAUUUUAUAGAUAUUGAAGACUCUAACAGAACUCAAAUAACUCCAGAGGAAAUUUCUGUCAAAGAAGAAAAGCAUGAAAAUGUACCACCGAAGGAUAUAUUUGAUUCCCCCAAGGAAAAUGAAAAAUCUUUCCAUAAAACUGAUGAAUGGAUAGCUAUAAGUGUGUCUGACAGUGACUAUACAAAGCAUGCAUCUGGGAAUAACUUGAUUUCACCAGAUACAGACGACAGAGCUGGUUCUUCCUUUGAACUCUCUCCAUCUGAUAGCUCUGAUGGAACAUACAUGUGGGAUGAAGAGGGCUUGGAGCCCAUUGGAAAUGUGCAUCCGGUUGGGAGCUAUGAGUCCUCUGAGAUGAACAGCAUAGAUAUCCUGAAUAAUCUUGAAUCAUGUGACCUUGAGGAUGAUGACCUUAUGCUUGAUGUGGAUCUGCCUGAAGACACAUCUAUUGAAAAUGUGGAGUGUGACAAUAUGAACCGCUUUGACCGAUCAGACAGAAAUGUUCGGCAGUCUCAGGAGGGAUUUUGGAAAAGGUCACCCCAGAGGUGGAGUGGACAAGAACACUACCACCUCAGCCAUCCUGACCACUAUCAUCACCAUGGAAAAAGUGACUUGAGCAGAGGCUCUCCCUAUAGAGAAUCUCCUUUGGGUCAUUUUGAAAGCUAUGGAGGAACCCCGUUUUUCCAGGCUCAGAAGAUGUUUGUAGAUGUACCAGAAAAUACUGUGAUACUGGAUGAAAUGACCCUCCGACACAUGGUCCAGGAUUGCACUGCUGUGAAAACUCAGUUACUGAAACUGAAACGUCUGUUGCAUCAGCAUGACGGAAGUGGUUCAUUGCAUGACAUUCAACUGUCAUUGCCAUCUAGUCCGGAACCAGAAGACAGUGAUCAGACAUAUAAGAAUGAAGAUUUAUUAAAUGAAAUACAGCAACUUAAAGAAGAAAUAAAGAAAAAAGAUGAAAAAAUCCAACUAUUAGAACAUCAGCUUGCAACUCGGUGUAACUGCCACCAAAAAUCUAAAGAGGAAAAAUACACGUAUGCCGAUAAAUACACCCAAACACCCUGGAGAAGAAUUUCUCCUCAAGUACUACAGCCUUCCAGCAGCCUUCCCAGACCCACAGACCACGCCCAGGGAAAACUAAUAAAGCUGCCGCGUACCGAGGCCCACAAUGAUUGUGCUCCCCGGGGCACAUAUCAGGGGGUUGCACAUCUGGACGAAAGCUUCACACACAGCUUGCAACAAGAAAGCAAGUGUGGUCUGGAUGACCUGCCUUUGUCGUCAAGCCCACAGUUCACUAAGGACGUGGCUGAUAGUACACCUUCUGAAGCAAACUUGAACAUAAACGUGAAUGCUACAGAGCCUUAUCAUUUGGCAAAUAAUAACAUUAGUGACAUGCAGUUUGUACCCACUUCUCUGCAAUCAAGUACAGCAGACCACGCUAAGAGAGUUGUGAGAAAUCAGUCUUCGCCCAUAGGCUACGCAUCACAGCCCAAGGCCCUGCAACUUCUGAAGCCAUCCAUCUUGAACUCUUUGGUACCUCCUUCAGUCUCUGAAUCAUCUCCAAGUAAGACUACCACUUGUAAGAAGUCACCAGUAAUCACACCAUGUAAUUCAUCAAAACUUCAGCCAACAUCUAGUCAGACAAAUCUUACAAAUAAUCCUAAUCCGAAAGCAUCUAAGCUCCGCCCCCCUUCUGGCUCUUUCAAACAAAAACAAAUAAGCAACCCCCAAUUAGAGCCUCACAACUUCCAGGCCAAGACAAACAUCCCAAGACCACAAACACAAAGAAAAGAAAUCAUGCAGGCUCUGAGUGGCAGUUUUCCUUCUGGGGAUUGUUUGGCCACUAAUCGAUAUUCUCGUCUUCCUAAACCAAAGAUACAUUAAAUACAUAGCCAUCACCUGCCAGUUUACUUUUGUAGAACAAGCUCAUCUGUCCUGGAAUAUCUUCAUUGGCAUUUGCUACCAAGGUGGAGGUUCAUUGAAAGCCUGCACAUCUUAAAUAUUAAAGCGUGGAAUCUUCUGCUAGUCUGGCUCCUCCAUUUCAUACCCUGGUUGAAAUACACGCCAUUUGAACAUACUUGUCUCAGGUAAACGCAGAGACACUUGCUUACCCGUCUCAGCAGCCUGCUGAAGGCUCUAAUCAUGUUGUCCUCCCUCUGCACAUCAUAAGAUGCAUAAUACUCCACUUAGCAGGCAAGACAUGUGCAUUGCUAGUUUAGUCCUUUUAAGGUUUAUAGUAUGGAGGGCCUGGUGGCACCGUGGUUAAAGUGUUCGGCUGCUAACUGAAAGGUCAGUGAUUCGAAUGCACCAGCUGCUCUGCAGGAGAAAGAUGUGGCAAUCUGCUUCUGUAAAGAUUUGCGGUCUUGGAAACCCUAUGGACAGUUCUACUCUGUCCUGUAGGGUUGCUAUGAGUCAGAAUCGACUCGACAGUAGUGGGUUUGGUUUUUUCUUUUCUUUUUUUGGUUAGGUCUGUAUUAAUUGUGGUUAUCAGAAACUUGUUCUUUUUCACUUAUUCCUCCUAUGAAUAAGGCUACCUAUUUUAUCAAAAAUAUCAGUGAUAAUGGAAGAUGGCGGUCAGUAAGCAGAGUUCUGACCAGUAUUUUGUAUAAUUAAAAGGUCUAUGCAAAAGCUCUGUGAUGAAUAAAGGAUAUCAGGCUUUUAACGGGAAGUCUGUAUAGGUUUUAUUUUCCCUUCUAGGAUCAGCAAACAAGUGUUACUAUUGAUUACUUACCAGAGAAAUUUCAUAGGCUGGAAACGUUUCAUAUUAUAUAUGAACCAAUUAUAUGUUGCUUUACAAUCUUGAUACAAUCCCCCACCCCCACCCCCCUACACACUAUUUGUGUUUGUAUUUGCUUCUGGGUAAAUUUUGGAAAGAAAGCUUAAGAUGUAUCUGGAAACCUGUACCUACAGAUGUAUCCAUUAUGAAAUAUGCUGGUGCUAGAGUGUUGCUGGUAAUUCAGUUUUGAUCCCUGUAGGCAUAUGGAUCUAUGAUAGCUGUUUUAAGAUUCCAUAGUAUAUAUUUUAAAUUGUCUUUACUGUAAUAUUUGUAUUUAUUGAUUCUGCUAAUACCCGAAGACUGGAAUAAUGGACUUGAAAUGUUUGCACAAAACUUUGAUGGACACAUAGGGAUUUAAAACUAUUUUGUAUAACAAAACAAGUUAAAAUAUUUUGAGAAAAAUUACAAAUUUAAGUUAAGACUGUCUUGAGAAAAGCUGGAAUUCUCAAUACUUUUGUUUUUCCUGGGUUUUCCAGGGGUCCUUUGUUAUGUUGUUGUAUGUUUGAAUGACAGUUUCUUGAAAAUCAGACAGGAUUUGGGAAGAGAAAUAGAGUUGAGGAGGAGAAAUUGUGUUUUAUUAAAAGGUAUUAAAAAGUGUUUCAAAGGCAAUAUGCUUAUUUAUUUUACUGUGCUACAGAAGGUAGCUGUGGAGCCUCCAAGGGACCAUGUGCACAAUGCUAAUCAUGCUUCAGACCAUUUGUCAGGACAGGACAGGCCAUACGCCCUCUUGUUCCCCAAAUCAUGUCAUCUUUAGCUUGUUCACCUGUAGCAGCUUUAAUUGGAAUUGGUAUCUUUCAAAUAGAUAACCUUCCAAGGUCAAGUUUUGUUUUGAUCAGUUGGCCAGAAAUGCUGCAAGAGGAAUGUUGGCCAAAAAGUCACUCAGUUUUCUAAGGAUUCCAUUAAAAAGUGUAUACUAGUGAAAUUAUCUGCCCCUUUCUUUGUGAGAGAAUCAACAGGAAAUGCUUCACUGGAAAUUGUGGAAGUAACAUUUGCUACCAUUUUGACACAGUCUUCCCUUACCUAUUGAGAACCGUUCCGGUGUAUUUGCCAUUGAAUGGACACAAACCAUUCAUGGAUUUGUUAAUAUGUGGCCAACACAAAUCGCAUCCUACUCUCACCUGCUAGCACUUCUGCAGAGAAUCAUGAAAGCUUGGAGAGUUCUUCACAGAAUCUAGGUACUGUGAGUAUACAGUGAGUAGACAGGUCAGCAAAGCACUGCGAUUCAUGGAGACAGGCUGUGGGGACGGCAGCCCCAGUGGGCAUUCAGACGUGGGCAUUCAGACGUGGGCUUUGAUUGUGAAGGAAAACGAGAACGGGCCUCACAGAUCACACACGGGACGCUCUCGUACCUUUAUUUCGCUAAAGUAAAACACACUGGUGAAAUUAGUAGGUUCUUGGUUUAUUUGGAAGUUGUUAUAGAAACAUUAUUUACAACUUGUCCUUUAUCUUUAGGGGAAAAGUUUUGUAUUUUAAAUUUAUUUUUAAUCUCCUAGUCUUAGGGAAAUAUGUUUAUUGUCCAUUAUAUAAAAACAUUGACUCCAGGAAUUUGUUUAGUCUUUUUCUUGCCCCAUUUUUUUCUCCCAGAUGAAUUUUCAGAAAUAUUACCCCAUCAGUUCAGCUUUAUUGAGCCUUAAUCUUGGUGGAAGAUAGGCUCGUCGACACAAUUAUAAAUCAUAAUGUAUUUAAGAGAAAAAAUCUAGGAUGCUUGCACAAAAGAACAUUAAGUAUUUGCCUGCAGUUCUCUUUAAACACUGCAGGAAUAUUAUGCUACUCUGCUCCUUAGUGAGUAAAAUGUUCAGUAGGAAAUGGAAGUGAGGAUGUAAUCGGAGAUCACCCUCUCGGAUCUGGCUGGGUCUCUGUGUUUUACUUCUGUAAGUCAGCUCUGUUUUCCAUCCUCCUCCACAGGAACGCAGUUCACUUUUUCUCUUAGUUCUUGUGAUGUUGGUGAAGAUGGUUGCAGUGCAUGAAUUGUAAUUCCUGAGGAUGAAGUUUUAUGGAGGUUGGUUAAGUUUCACAUUUGUGAAAGAAAAUACAGUAUGGAGAAUUAUAUGUAUGACUGUUAAUGAGAUGCAUAUCCAGUUCUUUAAAGAAAGCUUGGCCAAAGGAGUUAAUCAGUACAGAUGCAGAUGAUUUUAAGGCAUUAAACAAAGGAUGAUAUAGUUAUUUAGACUGUUUCUAAUAACUGAGACUCUCUAGCAUUUUUCUUUUAGAGUCUCGUUUUGAUUUGUGCAAUAUUUCCAGGUGUAUCAACUACUGUUCAUUGUAUUUAUAUAGAUACUAAGGAACUUACUAAGUAUUUUAACAAGUAAAAUUUAAAUAUGAAAGAGAAUAUCAAAUUUGCACUUUAAAUGCGCUUUAUUGCUUGGAGUUGUGCCUGAAAUAUCAAAAUGCCUCCUAUUGGGUGUGGCGUCAUUUGUUGAAAUGAAUUUCUCUGUAAUUGUUACUGUUUGAAGAGAUCAGUACAGCCUUCCAUGAAAUUACAUCCCCAGCAUGUCACUUUUCCUGUUAAAGCACUAAGUUUUCUUUGAAUAUUCCAUUGUCCCCUUAAGUAUUUUGCUCAAUGUAUCCACCAUAGCUGUCCAGAUGUUCCUGUGGCAUAGUUGGUGUUACACAGAGGUGUGCUGUGGCUUCUGCACAGUCGUCAUGAUGGUUUCCUGUCACUGAUCCUGGGGAUGUACUUUGGAAUCACUAAAUAGGCUUGUAACGAAGACCAAGAAGACUGCAGCAGUUUCCGUUUGCUCUCCAUCUCACACUGUAGUUUCCAUGUUGCUGAAUUAGUGGGAGUGGUCAUGUUUGCAUUGCUUAUGCACACAUUUGAAAAUUCAUUAUACUGUCAUAUAAAAUACCUGAUGUUUGUCUUUGGGGAUGAGGCCUUUCUAUUUUUCUUAAUUCUGAUGCUUGAAUUCUAUUUUCAAAUGGUCUUUCCACAUCUCCCUUUCAUUUCUCUGCUGCAGCAAUUUGAAAGACUAUGUUUGAAUAAAUGAUCAUGAUGGCGGAUGUCAAUCUCCAACUAUGUCAUUAAUUGAAGAUGCAUCGUGUGUUUUAAUCUUCUUGGGGUAAAGCUACCCACUGUUUUCUCGGUAAAGCAUCGCCAUAACAAAGUAAUACUGACCCUAAGAACUUAAAGUCUCUCAGUCUUUGCUAACUAAAAACAAAAACACCACAAUCUUUAAUAUCUGCAGUAUUGUUUUCCAUUGAUUUUAAAAACCAGUUCAGAGUAAAUACUGUAUAUUAGAAUUUGCCUGUAAAAUUAAUCAUAAAAACCAGAUGUAAAAUCCCUUUCCUGAAAAUGUUGCCAUGGCAAAUAAAAAUAAAGUUCAUGAUUAUAAAAAUGAUCUUGUCUUUUCGACAUUGACUUCCACAGUUUACUUUGUUAUCUAAUAUUUUUUCUCCACAAAAGUCUAAAAUAAUGUCCACUGGGUUGAUUUUUUUCCCCCAAACUGCGACUUCUGUUUCACACACUUCCCCCUAAGAACAUCACACCCUAAAGAAAUACUGAUUGAGUAGGAGCUGAGCAAUUGUUUUGCUGUUCUGUUUUCACAGGUUCUGUAUGUGAUUUCUGGUAUUUCAGUUUCCAUUUUAAUAAAAUACCCACUUGAUCUUAGAAAAAUAUUGCGGAUGAUGAAUGAUUUUUAUUUGAUAACACUUUAGCACCUUGGAUUAGAAUGCUUUAUACAGGAGGACAUCACUGUUGUAAUUUUAAUUAUUUUGUUUUUAAAUGUUGCUUACACAAAAUAGCUUGAAGGAAGGAGAAAGAUGUUUAAUGCAGUUUUGUAUAAUUCUUAGGAGCAGAAGGAAUAGGAAUUCAUAAUUUACUUUCUAAUUUAAUCAUACAUGAUAUUCAUACAUAAUAGAAAAUAAAAAGUUGGUGCUGUCAUAUGUCAGUAAUCCAGAAUGGUGACAUAAAUGGGGGAAAAUGAGGGAAAUUUCACUGGUAAUAAAUUUGAUAAUGGCGUUUACAAAACUGAGUUAUUAGCAAGUGCUUACUUAUACUGAGUCAACGUUUGUCCUUGUU